AUGCUGGACCAACUUAGUGCUUUAGAUGACUCUAGACUUUAUAAGUCCAUUCUCAGUGUUGUCACGACCGUUUACCAGCCGAUUACGCUCUGUGGUUCUUUUCUAACACUCCGAGAACGCACAAUCCUGCUAAUUCAUCAUUCUGCUAAAGACUUUCUGGUUCGAGAAGCAGCCCAUGAGAUCUUUUCUGAUGGAUAA